CUGUGGUGCAGAGCUUCCCAGCAAGUUCAGGGCAGACUUGAACUGGAUUCAGAUUCUUCUCCAAGCUAGCUUUCUUUAGAUGUUGUCAGUUCUCGCGGGAAAUAACCCAGCCUGACUGGUCCUCAGUGCUCCUACAGUUCGUCAUCUCUCCCCAGCCCCACAAAAAGCCCUCCACAGUCUGUCUCUCUAUAGAGAAGUAGGGAAGCACCUGCUACAGACGAUAGUGGGCUUUGUGGUGUUUUUUAAAGGCAUGUUUUCAAGGAUGAUAGCUGUCCAGGUGAGCCUGCAACCUCUGACUUCGCAGCUCCUCAAGACACAAGGAUUCCUUUCAAGAUUGGGCAGCCCAAGAAACAGAUUGUCCCCAAAACAGUGGAAAGAGACUUUGAAAGGGAGUAUGGAAAACUCCAGCAGCUGGAGGAGCAGACCAAGCGGCUGCAGAAGGACAUGAAGAAGAGCACGGACGCCGACCUGGCCAUGUCCAAGUCUGCUGUGAAGAUAUCCUUGGACUUGCUCUCCAAUCCCCUCUGCGAGCAAGACCAGGACUUUCUGAACAUGGUGACAGCCCUGGACACGGCCAUGAAGCGGAUGGAUGCCUUCAACCAGGAAAAGGUGAACCAGAUACAAAAGACUGUGAUUGAACCCUUAAAAAAGUUUGGCAGCGUCUUCCCGAGCCUCAACAUGGCGGUGAAGCGGCGGGAGCAGGCCUUGCAGGACUACAGGAGGUUGCAGGCCAAGGUGGAGAAGUACGAGGAGAAGGAGAAGACAGGGCCGGUGCUGGCCAAACUCCACCAGGCCCGAGAAGAGCUUCGGCCCGUGCGGGAUGACUUUGAGGCCAAGAACAAGCAGCUCCUGGAUGAGAUGCCGCGGUUCUACAACAGCCGACUGGACUACUUCCAGCCCAGCUUUGAGUCCCUGAUCCGAGCACAGGUCGUGUACUACUCGGAAAUGCACAAGAUUUUCGGAGACCUGACCCAGCAGCUUGCCCAGCCCGGCCGUCCUGAUGAGCAGCGGGAGCGGGAGAACGAGGCCAGACUGAGCGAGCUCAGAGCCCUCUCCAUCGUGGCCGAUGACUGAGCCCGGCCCUCGGAAGUCUCUGAAACACCAGUCGGCCUCUCUAGCUUACGCUUCACGAGCUCAGGCUCGGGCAUCAGGGAGCAAAGGGCCCUUGCCUGGGAGAAGGAUGGGGAUACCGGCAGCUCCCACUGCACCACCCCAGCCCUUGGGAAUGAGUCUGGAACCAGGAGCCCCGAGCAGGCUCUCACCUCCCCACUCGUAGCAAGAACCCACCGACAGGUAAGCAGUGUAGACUGUCUUAGGCCCUAAAGAACCGUCCAAAGUGCAUCCUGGCCUAGGGCCAGAGCCUGGGCUCUUGUCUGCUCCCUUGAAGUCUUAGCCUGGCUUGCACGGUUGGGAUCACUUCUACCUCCAAAAGGGCCACCCUGGGGAGUCACCCACCCUUGCUGCCUUUUCACCUCAGACUCGCCUGUUCUGGGAGAGGCCUCGACACUGCCCUGGGCAAUGUGAAAGCCACGGUCUCCCAGCCGCAACAGGCCCCUCACCCCAGCCUCUCGGCAAGACAGCGGCCGGCUCUGCCCACUUCUAGACUUUGGGUCAACUGCGGGGCAGAGCCCCAAGUCUUGCAGCUUCCCUAGGAAGCUGGGACUCAACGCGUGUCAACAGCCUACCCCACAAAAUGUCACAGACCGAGUCACAGGCCUCAGAGCAACAACAGUGGGUUUAUGUCUCACCUCAUUAUUUGGGAUUUUAUUUUUUCAAGUAAAAAGUUUUCAAUAAAAUGUCCGUGUAUUGUUGUGCCGUAACUAAAGAGAGGA